CAGGUUUUUGUCCAGAAAGUGAUUGAGCUGCACGACAAGUACCUUGCAUAUGUAAAUGACUGUUUCUAGAAUCAUACUCUUUUCCACAAGGCUCUCAAGGAGGCUUUUGAGGUCUUUUGCAAUAAAGGUGUUGCUGGGAGCUCGAGCGCAGAACUGCUUGCCACAUUCUGUGACAACAUUCUUAAGAAAGGUGGCAGUGAAAAAUUGAGUGAUGAAGCAAUUGAAGAAACUCUGGAAAAGAAGCUACUUGCCUACAUGAGCGACAAAGAUUUGUUUGCUAAAUUUUAUAGGAAGAAGCUUGCUCAAGGACUUCUUUUUGACAAGAGUGCCAACGAUGAUCAUGAGAGAAGUAUUUUGACAAAAUUGAAGCAAAAAUGUUGUGGACAAUUUACACCAAAAAUGAUCAGGUGCAUUGAAGUUUUAAAGGAAUUUUAUCAAACUGAAACAAAGCACAGAAAGCUUACAUGGAUUUACUCCUUGGGUACCUAUAAUUUAAGUAGGAAAUUCGAACCAAAAACUGUGGAGCUGAUUGUUACAACCUACCAGGGCAUUACGUAAGUGCAGCAGCUCUAAUGUGGGCGAGCACAUAGAAUGAUAAAUUGAAGGAUAAAAUGUCAGCCGUUGUCACCGGUCUCUCUGCGUGUCAGCAAAAAAUUGGAACUGGAUAUGUCUCUUCAUUUCAUCUGAGUUUUUUGACAGAUUUGAAGCUAUUCAGCCUGUGUGGGCUCCCUAUUACACCAUUCACAAGGUUCAAUAGAAAAAAAACUUAUUUUACUUGCAAGUGCUUUCUUUAGGCCUCAAGACAUUAAUGAAAUUCUCUCUUUUGUUAACAAAAAAAUAAAUCUUUAACAGAUAUU